CAGGUAGUUACUGGCACUACACUGGAAGACGAAGCGUUUGAACCAACGUUUGUAUAAUCCUGGCUAGUUAAAUCAAGCUAAAAAUCUCUCAACGAUCAUCGAAUUCUCUUAAGCGUACGGAGAAAAUUAGGGCUAGUACGAAUAUUCUCCUUUCGCUUAAGAAACUGACGUGGAUUUGCUUGCGUCUGUUUCUUUGCUUUUCAAAAUGGUUCCCAUUCUAGGGUUUGAUGCGCGGAUGGGGCGUGGGAGCGUCCGGCAAUCAAUCGCCACCGGGAGUGGAAGCUGCGCCGCCUCGCCAUGGUGCUGAGAAGCUGCGCGCCUAGCUGCUGCCACAGGUAUGCCCUACACGUCGCCCGCCGGAGGAAGCACUCAAUGGUAGCCUCGGCGUCGCUGCGAAGAGCUUCUCUCGCGCUGCCCAUCCAUUUGCCGCCGCUGCCGCCGCCGCCGCCGCCCUCUUGCUCCACACCGCCACCGCUCGUGGAUGUAGGGGAUUACUUGGAGUUUUGGGAUCACGUCAUGUCGGGUGCUCUUCGCAAAUCCUUGAGGAAGGUACUCCGCAAGAAGAAGUUGACGACUCCUACGGCGCUGUGGUGUGCUCCUCCCGCCCUCUACGUUGAUCGGGGCCCUUCCUCUUCGUCUCCUUCCUUCUCUCUAGCGGAGUUUAGCUUGCAAGCGGCCAGGAACAGCACAAGUAGGCAGCGACUGAAUUGGAACCCAUUGUCUCUCCGGUGUCGGCAGCUCAGUGUUCGUCACAACACGCAGCCAGCGCAGACGCCACCCACGUCUCCUUCGAAUCCGUCUAGCUCACUGCUCCUCACGUCAUCCGUGGCGCCACCCACAGUGCCCGCUUCCUCCAAUGCGCGAAGAGCUUUCCUCGUCGAUACUCUCGCGGUGAUGCGAAGGCUCGAAGCUCAAGAGCUCAACCAGAGGCAAGCUGAGGCUAUCACCGCCGUUGUGACUUCCGUGUUGAAUGAUAGCCUGGAGAGCGUAGCACACUCGUACACGUCCAAGACCGACAUGCAAAAGUGUGAGAUGAUGCAUGACGCGUCGCUUUCCAAGUUCAAGGCUGAAAUGCAGAGUUCUUUGGAGCACCACUUUGCUACCUUGCAGCGUGAAUCGGAGAGGCUCCGGACGGACAUGGAGAAAAUGAGAAGCGAGUUGAGAUACGAAAUAGACAAGGUACAGGCAAACCAACGCCUUGAUUUGAACCUGGAAAGGGGGCAUAUAAGGGACGAGUUGAACAAGCAGCAGGCUGAAACAUCAAAUUUAACCAACAAACUAGACCGGGAGAUUCACGGUCUCAAAACUCAAUUGGAAGCAGGAAAGUACGAAGUAAUCAAGUACUGCAUAGGAACAAUUGUGUCUAUUACCGCUGUUGGCCUUGGUUUACUGCGGAUUAUAAUGUGAACAUUCAACAAUUUAAUCAUUCAUUUCGUGUUGUCUAAGAAA